CCGGAGCUGGCAGGUGGCCGAGCUGGGGGUGGACGGGCGGGCUGGGGUCUGUGCUGCCCAUUGGCUGCCUCGGGCUCCUGCCCCGCCCGCCUCCAGAGCUUGCGGCUCCUCAGCCAGCUCCUGCCUCUACAGCUGCCUCUGAACUCCCAGAGCAAGCUCCUCCUGCCAUGUCGAGCUGCGACCGGAUCGGAGUGGCCCCGGCCAUGGACAUGCCUGAGGUCCUCAAGUCUCUCCUGGAGCACUCUCUGCCUUGGCCAGAGAAGAGAACAGAUAAGGAAAAGGUGAAGGAGAAGCUGGAGGAAGACGAGGCUGCGGCAGCCAGCACCAUGGCCGUUUCAGCCUCCCUCAUGCCGCCCAUCUGGGACAAGACCAUCCCAUAUGAUGGCGAGUCCUUCCACCUGGAGUACAUGGACCUGGAUGAGUUCCUGCUGGAGAAUGGCAUCCCCGCCAGCCCAACCCACCUGGUUCAGAACCUGCUGCUGCCUGUGGCAGAGCUCGAAGGGAAGGAGUCGGCCAGCUCGUCCACGGCGUCCCCACCAUCCUCCUCCACCGCUGUCUUUCAGCCCUCCGAAACCGUGUCCAGCACAGAGUCCUCCCUGGAAAAGGAGAGAGAGACACCCAGUCCCAUCGACCCCAACUGCGUGGAGGUGGACGUGAACUUUAAUCCCGACCCUGCGGACCUAGUCCUCUCCAGCGUGCCGGGCGGGGAGCUCUUCAACCCUCGGAAGCACAAGUUUGCAGAGGAGGAUCUGAAGCCCCAGCCCAUGAUCAAAAAGGCCAAGAAGGUCUUUGUCCCCGAUGAACAGAAGGAUGAAAAGUACUGGACAAGACGCAAGAAGAACAACGUGGCAGCCAAACGGUCCCGGGAUGCCCGGCGCCUGAAGGAGAACCAGAUCACCAUCCGGGCGGCCUUCCUGGAGAAGGAGAACACGGCCCUGCGGACGGAGGUGGCUGAGCUACGCAAAGAGGUGGGCAAGUGCAAGACCAUCGUGUCCAAGUACGAGACCAAGUACGGACCCUUGUAACCCGUGCCCUUGCCCGGGUGGCGCUGCCUACACCUCAGCCCUCUGCCUAGGGGCUCCCUGAAACCCCACACACAUGUGGAGACUUAUGACUCGUCACGGGCAAAUGAUGGCACAGCUGCUCCAGGAGCGGUCACGUUCAGCUUCAUUAUCACAUGGCCGGCGCACGUGGCGACUUCCCUGGGGAGCCAGCCUCCUCACUGGUGGAGAUGCGAGGGAAUCGACACAGACGGGUGCAUCAGCCUUAGUUUCUAUUCUCGGAUGUCCCAAUCGAAUCCGAAGGGGACCUCUGGGGCACAUCUUUCACAGGGCGCUCAGGCUGCCCUGACUCUUCCUCAGCCUCCAGCCUGGGCCACGGAGGCCUGUCUCUGCAGAAUGAGUCCAUCGUUGUCGCCCUUACGUCUUCUCAGGUAGCAGGGCGCAUUUCCACGUGGGCUGUGUCUGUGGUCCACCUCACCCUCCCCGGAAAGUCUUUGAGAGGAACAUCCGUUCCCACCUCCCUCAGAGGUACAGACAUACCAGCUCCUCCGUAGUGUCUGCAUGGGUGCCAGGCCACAGGAGUAGAGUCUCUGCACAGCCCGGGAUGGGAUUUGGGUUUGGGGCCUGCAGCAGAAGUGCAGCCAACCAUUCUUAGGUCCCACACCCCUUUAUUCCUAUGGCUCCAAGGCCUGGAACCAGGGAGGAGGCGCUGGCGACUGGCUGUCUCUGCAUUUCGUCUGCAGUGGAGGAGAGACUCCAGGGCGGCCAGCCUCUGAGCUCUGAUCACAGUGCAUCUCCUCUUCUUCAGGUCACUCAUGGAGGCCAGCUGAAUCUUGUUUGUCCCACUAAACUGGGCCACUGAGCCUGCUAUUUCUUUUUACCCAGUGACCAAUCUCAGAUCUUAGAUUUAAAAGGAAAACUCCACCUCAUCUAGGAAGCUUAACUUCCUGGAGCCAGGAUGUACCUUCCGCAUGGUGUUUAGAAACCCAGCCUCCACAGCCCCUUCCACUGUGGGCGGGAGCUGGGGCAUGUGUUUCCGUUUCUUCUUGCUCUGCCCUCUGCUGUUGGCCAGGCCAGAGGAAAGCAGAAGAGGGCUUCCCAGGUCCCACUUCAGGAUCUCUCUCCCGUGCCACCUGCCUAGAGGGCACCUCCUGGGCAGGACACCUGGUCAGGGGUCACCAGGAUCGCAGCACAACUCAUGGAAUAGCAGGUACUCGGGACAUUUACAUGGGCUAGAGUCCUCUGGGUCUGGGUCCCUGGACACGUGGGCCACCACACAAGCCUGGCCACGGGGUGGCGUGGAGGCGUCCUAGCAGCCGGCGCUGUUCCACAGCUGCUUUUUCUUGUGUCCAGCUGAACUUGUCCUUUUUGCUCUUCCCGGAGAUUCACCGAGGGGCUCAGUGGAACCCUCUGCUCAUUGCGGUCAGCCGGGGCACCUGCAGAUAGGUGUAUUUAUUGGCUCAGGGCCAAGCAGCCUGUGUAAGGGGGUCAGAAGUGACGGGCGUACUUUGUCGUGCUCACCACUGGCUUUAUUUAAAGUGGUGGCUCCAAGACCCGGGCGCCGACCCCCAAAGACUUUUCAUAAUGCGUUAGGACCAGGGAAAGCUGCCCACUGGCAUGGACUGCACCCCAGGGAAUGCCAUGGCCCUCUGGGGUCCUGCACAUCUGCCUCUCUGGGGACUCGACAAGGGUCCUUGAAGCUAAGGGAGACCACCCCCUCCCUCCAGGCCCCCCUGACUUUUUCUUUGUGGUUCUAUAAAAACCACGUUCACACUUUUCACUCUAUUGUAACCACAACAGGGCAGUUGCAUCCGGCAUGUCAGUGCCCUGCCCCGGGCAGCUCGCCCGCCCGGGCCCUCCCUCUGGCCUGGCUACCCACCAAGAGAGCACUUCUCAUUUUGUUAUUGGUAGAAGAGCCUCUAGCUUAAAAGCUCUUCAUUUUCUUUGGCCAGAAAGUGUAUGGUUUAUGUCUUUUCACUGUUUUUUUUUUUUUUAAAGGAUAGAGACUAAAUCUCUGGAUGGCGUCCAUGUUCCAGCCCCAGCGGGUGGGAUGAUGGCCAGCUGUCUCUCCUCUUUGACCCUGCCCACUGCCUAUUCAGUGCCCGCUCCCUCUCCUCCCCAGGGCAGUGGGUGAGUGGCUCCUUCCCAGAGUGCUCACUUGGAAAGUGUGUGGCUGUUGGCCUCUUUUAGAAGAGCCCCUUUGAGCCAGGAGCCUGGCAGGGACAGGAAGGAGAUGUCCAUGGAGGUUGACAUGCUGGGGAAAAGGAGUGCUCAGGGAAGCAUGUCUCCUUCCCAGGCCUAGAAUCAUGUUUUGGCAGAAGGAGAGGGUUGGUGCCUGUUAGUUUCCACUGUGGAAUUGGGAGUCUCCUUGACACCCUCCUGGGCCCUCUUCAUCUUGGGGCUGACAGCCAAAGGCUGAAGCUCCUGUGCUCAGAUCUCUGACAUUCCCUAAAAAGCACUGGAGGCCAGAGAAGUCACCAUGAACAGUUUCCAUGGGUUUGCUCUGGGCUGAGAAGCAUCAUCGCUUCCUAAGCACCCUGUCUUCAGAUUCAUGGGAGACUCAGCGCAACCUCAGAACGAGCUAGGAAGCUGCAAGAGUAUAUGCGAUUAACGUAUAUAUCUAGAAAUAGAAGUGUGUGUGUGUAUGUAUAUAUACACACACACACACGUAUUUAGAGAGAGUGAGAACUUUCACAAUGGCCAGCAACCUUGUGGAGGACCUAGGUAACUUACCCUUGGCCAGUGGAAGGGGUUUGCCUGUCUGGGUCCCGAGGGUGGGGAAGCCACUUAGCAGUGAACCUUGACUAUGGCCCUGGGCGAGCAGCUCCUGUAGUCCUCCAGCCCGAGGCAGGGUGGCUGGCAUGGGACCCAGCAGAAGAGGGCGCCUUUGUGCUGGGCAUCUCGCCAUCCAGGGCCCUGGGAGCUCUGCUCCACUCAACACAAAGGGCUGAGAGCCCCUGGUUUUCAUGGCAGAACCCACCCCAGAGCUCCUUUAACAUCUGUUAAUUAAGUGCAAUAAAUUUUUCUAGAAAAUGGCAAAGAUGACUUCCAGGUGGACAUUGCUGUCUUGUGGUGUUGGGGAUGCCGGGACACCACUUGGUUUUAUUUUUCUAAGUGCAUGUGAUGUGAUAGAGUGUGUGGGGCUCUGCGUCCUCCCCUGGGAGCUGGCAUUCCCCUGGGCCCCUCUUUCUUACCUUUGUUGGGGGAAGGAGGCAAGGAGAAACUCCUUCUUCCCAGGUGGCAAGGGCAGAAGCAGACCGUAGCCCGUUGGCCUUAUGUGCGUAUGUGCGUGCGCGUGUGUCACUGCUGGUGGGCCGGAGUGAUGUGGGGAGGGAAGCCGGGAAUGUAACCUUUUCAAAACAGAAUUAAAUAUUUUGAGAUGAGAA